UAGAAUAACCUGGCAUGUUUGAGGUUUCAAUGUCAAGCUCUGGUUGUGCGAGGGGACUUAUGGGAAAUCGGAUAAAAGAUUUAGAGGAGGCUUUCGGGAAUAGGAGUGUCUUCUUUCACCCCAUCCUCCUUCCAGAGCUGGGGGGCGACGCUUCAGGAUGAAAGGCAGGAAAGACCCUGCCCCUUCAAACCCGUCCGCAUCCCUAUUGGCGGAAGAGCCUGCGCGACAGACUCUCAUUGGUUCCUAACGGGAGAGGAGGGGGUGUAGAAAGAAUACACUCAGGUUGUGGGAGGGACCAGACAGUACCUAGGGGGACCCCGACGUAGCCAAUCCUGACCUGAAGACUGUUGGGGGUGGGGGCGACUGACAGCAGUCUCUGGACAUCCUUUCCGGGCAUCCUAGGGGAUGACCCCUGUGCCAGGCUCAGAGCCGGCCGCCUGAUGCUGGGUGAGCCGAGCUGGGGAUGCUGGAACGAAGGGCGUUGCUAUGGCAACGGGAGGCAGGGCCUGGGGGGGGGACCGGGCCCGAGCUGGGGCUGCGGGGGCCGGCGGUGGCUGUGGUGGGGCAAUGGCGGAGCGCGGCCCGGCCUUCUGUGGCCUCUACGACACGUCCUCUCUGCUGCAAUACUGCAACGAUGACAAUCUGUCCAGCACCAGCGGCAUGGAAGUGGACGACCGCGUGUCGGCGCUGGAGCAGCGGCUGCAGCUGCAAGAAGAUGAGCUGGCGGUCCUAAAGGCGGCGCUGGCGGACGCGCUGCGUCGCCUGCGGGCAUGCGAAGAACAGGGCGCGGCGCUGCGCGCGAGGAGCACCCCUAAGGGUCGGGCGCCCCCGCGUCUGGGCACCACUGCCUCGGUGUGUCAGCUCCUGAAAGGCCUUCCCACCAGGACGCCCCUCAAUGGCUCCGGACCCCCGCGACGCGUGGGCGGCUAUGCCACCUCCCCAUCUUCCCCCAAGAAAGAGGCGAGUUCCGGACGCAGCAGCCGUCGCUAUUUGUCACCUGAGCGCCUGGCCUCUGUGCGUCGAGAGGACCCGCGUAGUCGUACCACAUCUUCCAGCAGUAAUUGUAGCGCCAAAAAGGAAGGGAAAACCAAAGAAGUUAUCUUCAGCAUGGAGGAGGGAUCCGUGAAGAUGUUUCUGCGGGGACGCCCUGUGCCCAUGCUGAUCCCAGACGAGCUGGCGCCCACCUAUAGCCUGGACACUCGUUCUGAGCUGCCUUCCAGCCGGCUAAAGCUAGAUUGGGUCUAUGGCUAUCGAGGCCGGGAUUGCAGGGCCAACCUUUACCUCCUGCCCACCGGGGAGGUGGUGUACUUUGUGGCCUCUGUGGCUGUACUGUACAGCGUGGAGGAGCAGAGACAACGACACUACCUGGGGCACAACGAUGACAUCAAAUGUCUGGCUGUCCAUCCGGAUAUGGUCACCAUCGCCACAGGACAGGUGGCAGGAACCACAAAGGAAGGCAAGCCUCUGCCACCCCAUGUGCGUGUGUGGGACUCAGUUUCCCUUUCCACCUUACACGUCCUGGGCCUGGGGGUGUUUGACAGAGCUGUGUGCUGUGUGGCCUUCUCCAAAUCCAAUGGGGGCAACCUGCUAUGUGCAGUGGAUGAAUCCAACGAUCAUGUGCUCUCUGUGUGGGACUGGGCCAAGGAGAGCAAAGUGGUGGAUAGCAAGUGUUCUAAUGAGGCCGUGCUGGUGGCUACCUUCCACCCCACUGAUCCCAGCCUGCUGAUAACCUGUGGCAAAUCCCACAUCUACUUCUGGAGCCUGGAAGGAGGCAACCUGAGCAAGCGGCAGGGCCUGUUUGAGAAACACGAGAAGCCAAAGUAUGUGCUGUGUGUGACCUUCUUGGAAGGUGGCGACGUGGUCACUGGAGACUCUGGGGGAAACCUCUAUGUCUGGGGCAAAGGUGGAAACCGCAUCACCCAGGAAGUUCUAGGAGCCCAUGAUGGUGGCGUGUUUGCGCUCUGCGCCCUGCGGGACGGGACGCUGGUGUCUGGAGGGGGCCGCGAUCGUCGGGUGGUCCUCUGGGGUUCAGACUACAGCAAGGUGCAAGAGGUGGAGGUCCCAGAGGACUUCGGCCCUGUACGCACCGUGGCAGAGGGCAGGGGAGACACACUGUACGUGGGGACCACCCGUAACUCCAUCUUGCUUGGCUCGGUGCACACAGGUUUCUCUCUGCUUGUCCAGGGACAUGUGGAAGAACUGUGGGGCCUGGCCACACAUCCUAGCAGGGCACAGUUUGUGAGCUGUGGGCAGGAUAAGCUGGUGCAUCUGUGGAGCUCGGAGACCCACCAGCCAGUGUGGAGCAGGAGCAUCGAGGACCCUGCCCGUUCGGCUGGCUUCCACCCCAGUGGCUCUGUCCUAGCGGUGGGCACAGUGACCGGCAGGUGGCUGCUACUGGACACAGACACCCGUGACCUGGUGGCUAUCCACACAGAUGGCAAUGAGCAGAUCUCUGUGGUCAGCUUUUCACCAGACGGGGCGUACCUGGCUGUGGGCUCCCACGACAACUUGGUGUACGUGUACACGGUGGACCAGGGUGGCCGCAAGGUCAGCCGCCUGGGCAAGUGCUCGGGCCAUUCCAGUUUUAUCACCCACCUGGAUUGGGCCCAGGACAGCACCUGCUUUGUCACCAACUCUGGAGACUACGAGAUUCUGUACUGGGACGCCGCCACCUGUAAGCAGAUCACCAGUGCAGACACCGUGAGAAAUGUGCAAUGGGCUACUGCUACUUGUGUGUUGGGUUUUGGAGUUUUUGGGAUCUGGCCUGAGGGGGCAGACGGCACAGACAUCAAUGCUGUGGCCCGCUCUCACAAUGGGAACUUGCUGGUUUCUGCUGACGACUUCGGCAAAGUGCACCUGUUCAGCUACCCCUGCUGUCAGCCGAGAGCCCUCAGCCACAAAUAUGGUGGACACAGCAGCCAUGUGACUAAUGUGGCCUUCUUGUGGGAUGACAGCAUGGUCCUAACCACUGGGGGCAAAGACACGAGCGUGCUGCAGUGGCGGGUAGCCUGAAGCAGGGGUGUGGGGCCAGGGUAGAGUCCUGUGGCAGGGUUGAGAUCUAUUUUUGGGAGAUGUCUAUUGUGAAGUACAGUAAUAUAUACCCAGAGUAUGUCUAUAGCAGAGGGGGUUAUGGGGCGGGCGGGUGAGCAGACAGACAGAGGUCUCUAUUUAUCGGGGUGGGACGAAUGGGCCACCAUGCCUUGUGGGAGCCAUUGGUGUUUGGUUUGGGGUAUUUUUUUUUAAGUUUAUUCUUUUAUAUCAUUCAGAAAUACAGACUUAUGCACUGA